CCGAAGCUUCGCAAGCCGCCAACUCGCUCUCCGCUUCUGCCUACCAUCGUCGUUUCAAGACUCGAGUUUCUCUCACCAGGCCGCAGCAUCUUGUACUCGCGUUUGCUGGAUAAUGGCGACAGCGCUCACAGCGACUUGCAUACCCUGAUCUCGACCCCACGUCGCAGCGGCUUAAACGACUCCGCCCCGCCACAGUUGCCCCAGAGCUCGUCGUCGUCCAGGCACAGCUAGAGCACACUCAGACGAUCUUGAGAGAACCCAAGGCCACGACCACAGCCGCGCACCGCCUGCAGAACCGUAUUCACAUAUAGACAGCACCGCACAAAAGAGCCGCCGUCAUGUGGAACGACGAAGACAACAAUCCUUACGGAACCAGCUUCGAUCGCCGGGAUUCACAGACCUCGUCGUCGGCGAUUCCGAGCUCGCCGACAUCAAGAGACUAUGGCGUUUUUGAGGCUUCUCAUACCCCUUCAACUGGGAGCGACGUUGGCCAGUCACCACGUCCGCCAUUCAGCCAUGGUAUUGGCCAAGUCGACGAUGAAGACGUCCUGAGGGAGGACACUCCUCCGCGGCGGAGGCCAGGCGGAUAUAACAGCCGUAUCGAGCAGAUCCUCUAUGAGAACCCGAACAUGCCAAUUAUGAUUACAGAUGCGGGCAAAAGCGUUGAAAGUGGAGGGAGAUAUAUUGUGUACACUAUCAAAACCGGAGAUUUAGAGGUUCGUCGUCGUUACUCUGAGUUCGCUUCGCUCAGAGAUGCGUUGACCCGUCUUCACCCGACUCUCGUCAUCCCUCCCAUUCCAGAGAAGCAUACUAUGGCCGACUACGCUGCGAAUCCCACGAGUGCGAAGCAAGAUCAGCAAAUUAUCGAUCUACGAAAGCGCAUGUUAAUGGUCUUUUUGAAUCGCUGUCGCCGAAUGGACGCCGUUAGAGAAGACGGAGUUUGGUGGAGGUUUCUUGAUCCAAACUCAAGCUGGAGCGAGGUUCUGCAUGCUCACCCGGUUGCUUCUAUUCCCAAGGUUAUCCUGAAAGCACCGCCAUUGGACACCGCGAACCCAACACUUGCUCACAGCUUUCUUCCGGUCCCAUCGAGCUCAUCGAAGCUCAAGACUUCAGCAGGCACGGGCGCCGACCUAAAUGCUUCUGUCAUCCAGGGUGCUGCGCAUGCGAUCGAACGCUUCCCAGCAGAUGCAUCCAAUCUCAGUGAGCAGGAGCUCGACCCGUAUUUCAUUUCUUAUGAGGCGUCGAUUAAGGAGCUGGAACAGCUUUUAACAGGCCCUAUGGAGAAGGUCAAUCGCCGAACUCUUAGUCAUUUAUCGUCACUAGCGGCAGACCUUUGCGAACUGGGGUCAAGAUACAACGCUUUUGCUCUUUCUGAGCAAGCCCCGUCCCUAGGACCAGCCAUUGAACGGAUCGGUCAAGCCGCUGAUGCGUCGUAUAUUGCGACUGAAGAACUUUCAGGCACUUUGGGCGCAAGUUUUGCAGAACCAAUGAGAGAGAAUGCCCAGUUUGCAGGUGUCGUUAGAAGCGUCUUGCGGUAUAGAGUCCUCAAGCGUGUGCAGCAAGAUAUGACAACUGAGGAGCUCAACAAGAAAAGAGCCCUGUUGGACCAACUUGAGCGCAGUGAAGCAGAAGCGAGGCGCAUUGAACAGUAUCUUUCAAGCAGUCAGCAAAUCUCUCCCCCUCCUAAGCGGUCGGCAAGUCUUAGAGAGCCCCCGACACAGCAUCGACGCGAUGGAAGCCAAGAGGACACCGAAUCCAUAGAUUCCGACUUCCCACCCACUCAUGGCGAUUUUCCGUCAGUGCCCCCGUCUGUAAACCAAGGCGUUCCCGAGAGAAGUACGACGAGCAUAACACACCGAAAGAUGCCCAGCACCAACUCUAUAACAAACAAGAUAUUUGGUCCGAUCCGCCACGCAGUGCAGGGAGUCGUUGACGUGGACCCCGAGCGAACCCGCCGAGAUACUAUAGGAAAGACGCGUGAGUCUAUAGGGCAGCUAGAACAAGCGCAAGUAGCUUCCGAAAGGGAUGUCAAGGAUGCCAGCGCGAGUGUGCUUAGCGACUUGAAACGGUUCCAGAAAGACAAGGAAGAUGAUUUGAGGCGAUACAUGCCCAACAAAACGGAUGGGCCCAUAGGGUCAAUUGACGAACCCGGCAUCAAGGCCGAGGGCCAGCUUCUGCAUACUAUGCGCCGAGAAGUUGCAGAGCUGCUGGGUAGACAACAGACCAGCUUUCCGGGCGCGCAACCUGUCAGUUUUGCCAGACAACAUCUGGACGAAUUGACCAAACAAGACUACUACGUAUGCGAGAAAUCCGAUGGAAUCCGCUACCUUCUUUACUUGACCGAGGAUGAGAACCAGACAGAGGCGCACUACUUGAUUGAUCGCAAGAAUGAUUAUUGGUAUAUCACCAAUAAGAGCCUGCAUUUCCCGCGCGAGACGGACGUCAGUGCUUUUCACACAGCAACGCUUGUUGACGGCGAACUAGUAUGGGAUAAACGAGCUGAUGGAGUAAUGGAGCCUCGAUUCCUCGUUUUCGACUGUCUCGUGAUGGAUGGCAACAAACUUAUGGAUCGAUCUCUUGAUAAACGGCUGGCUUAUUUUAGAGAGAGACUGUAUACGCCGUAUAAAAAGAUGUUCAAGGAUUACCCUGACGAGCUACAAUACCAACCUUUCUACAUGGAAAUGAAGCCGUUUCAACUCGGCUACGGCAUUGAGAUGAUGUUCAAGCAGAUUCUCCCAGAACUAAAGCACGGAAACGAUGGCCUUAUUUUCACAUGCCGGAAUACGCCUUACAAGCACGGUACUGAUCCGCACAUUCUUAAGUGGAAGCCACCAGAAGAAAAUACCAUUGACCUACGGAUGAGACUUACUUUCCCGACUGUUGAGCCGGAUGAAUGGGAACGCAAAGAAGGUAUUACAGAACCCUUUAUCGACUAUGACAGCGUACCGAAAGCAGAUCUCUUCGUUUUCAAGGGCGACGGUCCGGAAAAAUAUGCCCGCUUCGAUGACCUUUACCUUACGGAAGAGGAGUGGGAGACGUUGAAAGGCUUGAACGACCCAUUGAACGACCGCAUUGUGGAAUGUAACCAAGAUGACCAAAGAAGAUGGCGUCUUCUGCGCUUCAGAGACGAUAAAAACGAAGCAAACCAUACGAGUACAGUUUCAAGCGUCCUGGACAGCAUCAAAGACCGCGUUUCAGUAAAAGACCUCUAUGACGCCGCUGGUCGGAUCAGAGAAAGCUGGAAGGCCAGACAAGCACGAGAAAAUGCGCGUGGGCAGCGUUAGAAAGACAUAGCUCACUUCAGUGGUUUCAAGGAGAAUGCUCUUUUUGAGGGUCGGAAUCGCCCUUUUGCUCAGGCUUUGCUUGGACGAGGGCACAAGGAAAGAGGUUUUAGCUUUGGGACGAAGGGUAUAUAUACCUGAGUUGUUGUUAAUACUAAUUGGGUAUGAUAGCAUUUGGAGUCGUAGGAGCAGCCUCUUUGGGACAAGAUGGAGGCGUUUGGACCAGGCUUUUUCUUCUUUUGAUGAUGGAUACGGUAUUGUUUCUUCGAUUGCUCUCAAUUCGAGAUAUCAUUUAGUUUACUGGGUUAUGGAUCAUCUUCUUACGGGACCCUACAUUUUCUGAAACCCAGAGCCUUUGCGAUUAUAUAACCUGUGAUUCCCAACUGCCUAAAAUUGUUCUGAAAAAUUAAACAAAGCGUC